AAAAAAAAAAUCUUGCUGCCUCGUGUCGGAUGACGUCACACAACGUCCGCCUGCCCUUUUUUCUAAUCGUGCGCGAGCUCGACACAGUCCAAAGUAUAAAGUAGCGCGAGCGCCUUAACUGGGGGAAAAAAGUAUAGUCGAUAGAGGGACACGCACAAGAAGAGCACACACACAUACACACACACGAAUGCAGACACAUAUCUGGCUGUACGGCGGAAUACUGGCCCAUGUGUGUUCAUGCACACACAGAAAAGGACAUCUUUAACAUCUUAAUUAAGGAGUAGAUAUCCGAAAAUGGAGCGGGAGUUAUGGAUUUAACGCACAGAGGACUUGAAAUGGGCGGUCUGCUGCUGGUGUUACUGCUGUGGAGUUGCCUGCUGUCGGUUGACGGCUCACCUCUCCUUCUGUUCGCCAACCGGCGUGACGUACGAUUGGUAGAUGCAGAGGGCGUGCGGGGUGAGUCGGCCAUCGUCGUUAGCGACCUAGAAGAUGCAGCAGCCGUGGACUUCCUGUAUUCUGAGGGCCUGAUAUUUUGGACGGAUGUCAGCGAGGAGGCCAUCAAACAGACACACUGGAAUCAGUCAUCCAACUCCCUUAAAGAGGCGCUGGGAACUGGCCAGACUGUGGUAGUGUCAGGGCUCGAUAGUCCUGACGGGUUGGCCUGUGACUGGUUGGGUAGAAAACUCUACUGGACGGACUCAGAGACCAAUCGGAUUGAAGUGGCCAACUUGGACGGCACCUCCAGGAAGGUCCUUUUUUGGAUGGACUUGGACCAGCCCAGGGCUAUUGCUCUCAACCCUGCUCAACGCUACAUGUACUGGACAGACUGGGGAGAGGAACCCAGGAUAGAGCGUGCUGGUAUGGAUGGCAGCAACAGGAAAGUUAUCGUGGUUGUGGACAUAUACUGGCCCAAUGGUCUGACCAUAGACCUGGUGGAACAGAAGCUGUACUGGGCAGACGCCAAACUGAGCUUCAUUCACAGAGCUAACCUGGAUGGAUCAGCACGUGAAACCGUGGUGGAAGGAACCCUGACCCAUCCUUUUGCACUAACACUGUCCAAGGAGACCUUAUACUGGACCGACUGGCAGACCCGCUCCAUCCACGCCUGUAACAAACAUAGUGGUGACAAAACCAGAGAAAUCCUGAGUGGGAUUUACUCUCCUAUGGACAUCCAGGUCCUGGAGUCCUAUCGGCAGCCUGACAUCAAGACUCCUUGUAGUGGCAAUAAUGGAGGCUGUAGCCAUCUUUGCCUACUGUCCCCAGUCCAACCCUUCUACAGCUGUGCCUGCCCCACUGGAGUCCAGCUGAAACCAGAUGGAAAGACAUGCAAACCAGGAGCGGAGCAGGUUCUGCUUUUGGCUCGACGGACUGACCUGAGGAGAAUCUCACUGGACUUGCCAGACUUCACUGACAUAGUACUACAGGUUGAUGACAUUCGCCAUGCCAUAGCUAUAGACUAUGACCCAGUUGAGGGUUACGUUUAUUGGACGGAUGAUGAGGUUCGGGCCAUCCGCCGAUCCCACAUCGAUGGCAGCAAUGCCAUGAUGCUGGUUACAACGGAGAUCAACCACCCAGAUGGCAUCGCUGUGGACUGGGUGGCCAGAAACCUGUACUGGACCGACACUGGCACAGACCGGAUUGAGGUUACCAGGUUAAAUGGAACCUCUCGAAAAAUUUUGAUUUCUGAGAACCUGGAUGAACCCAGAGCCAUCGUCCUGGACCCCGUCAAUGGCUACAUGUACUGGACGGACUGGGGCGAGCAUCCAAAGAUUGAACGGGCCAACCUGGAUGGAACGGAGCGAGUGGUUCUGCUCAACAGCUCUCUGGGCUGGCCCAAUGGACUGGCUAUUGAUUAUGCAGCAGGAAAGCUAUACUGGGGAGAUGCUAAAACGGACAAAAUAGAGGUGAUCAACGUGGAUGGCAGUAACAGACAGACCCUGCUGGAGGACAAGCUGCCUCAUAUUUUUGGUUUUACUCUACUGGGUGAUUACAUUUACUGGACUGACUGGCAGAGACGCAGCAUCGAGAGGGUCCACAAAGCCACGGCUGUACGAGAGAUCAUCAUCGAUCAGCUACCAGAUUUAAUGGGGCUGAAGGCCACCAAAGUGACAGAGACGUACGGUACAAACGGCUGUGCGGUGGAUAACGGCGGAUGCAGCCAUCUGUGUUUCUGGUGUCGGCAGGCUGUCAGCUGUGCCUGUCCCAUGGGGAUGGAGCUCCUCUCAGACCUGCAGACCUGCGUGGUGCCUGAGGCCUUCCUGCUCUUCACCAACAGGGACAACAUCAGGAGUAUCUCUUUGGGUACCAACAGCAAUGACGUGGCCAUUCCUCUGACAGGUGUUAAAGAGGCCUCUGCUCUCGAUUUUGAUGUCUCUGAAAGGAGAAUAUACUGGACGGACAUUCAGGCCAAGACAAUCAGCAGAGCAUAUAUGAACGGCAGCUCUGUAGAACAUGUAAUAGAGUUUGGACUGGAUUACCCAGAAGGCAUGGCAGUUGACUGGAUGGGUCGUAACAUCUACUGGGCUGAUACAGGAACUAACCGCAUAGAGGUGGCCCGGCUGGAUGGUCAGUACCGACAGGUUCUGGUCUGUAAGGAUCUGGAGAACCCGCGCUCACUGGACAAUCCACGCUCACUAGCUCUGGACCCAGCCAAUGGCUACAUGUACUGGACAGAGUGGGGCGGUCGACCUCGGAUAGCCAGGGCCUACAUGGACGGCAGCACCAUCACAACCAUGGUGGACAAAGUGGGCCGGGCCAACGGACUGACCAUCGACUACGUAGACCAUCGACUCUACUGGACUGACCUGGACACGUGCAUGAUUGAAAGCACCAACAUGCAAGGCCUUCAGAGGGAGAUCAUAGUCGACGACCUCCCUCACCCCUUCGGUCUGACUCAGUAUCGGGAUUUUAUCUACUGGACUGAUUUUAAUCUGCGCAGUAUUGAACGGGCGGACAAGCGCAGUGGUCUCAACCGCACUGUGGUGCUGCAGGGCCAGCUGGAGCUGAUGCUGGACAUCCUGGUCUUCCACUCCUCUCGUCAGGAGGGAACCAACGAGUGCUCCCAUAACAACGGCAACUGUGCCCAUCUGUGCCUGGCCACGCCUGCUGGUGCCCAGUGCCGCUGUGCCUCUCACUACACUUUGAACCCUGAUGGACGAAACUGUAGCUCGCCCUCUAGUUUCCUGCUGUUCAGUCAGAAGGCAAGCAUCAGCAGGAUGGUGCUGGGAGAGCAGAGUCCUGACAUCAUCUUGCCUAUCCAUGUCCUGAGGAACGUCCGAGCCGUCAGCUACGACCCGCUGGACCGGCUGGUGUACUGGCUGGAUGGACGACAGAACAUACGCAGGGCCAGAGACGACGGAGCCAUGUCUUCAAUGAUAGUGAGCAGCAGCGUGCAGCCAGUGGACAACCAGCUUCACGACCUGAGCCUAGACCCCUACAGCCGCCACAUUUACUGGACCUGUGAGACAACCAACACCAUCAAUGUCCAGAGGAUGGACGGACACACUGUGGGCGUGGUGCUGAAGGACGACACCGACAAGCCACGGGCCAUCGUGGUCAACGCAGAGAAAGGGUACAUGUAUUUCACCACAGUGCAGGAGCGCUCGGCUAAGAUCGAAGGAGCCAGUCUGGACGGAACGGAGAGAGAGUCUCUGUUUACAACUGGUCUGAUCAGACCAGUGGCUCUGGCUCUGGACAAUAAACUGGGAAAACUGUUCUGGGUCGACGCCGACCUUAAACGCAUCGAGAGCAGUGACCUGACAGGAGCCAAUCGCAUCGUCCUCCAGGACUCCAACAUCCUCCAGCCGAUGGGUCUGACCGUUCUGGGAGAUCAUCUGUACUGGAUCGACCGGCAGCAGCAGAUGAUAGAGAGGGUGGACAAGCUGACCGGAGAUGGACGCACACGCAUACAGGGCCGCAUAUCAUAUCUGACCUCCAUCCAUGCUGUGGAAGAGAUGGAUCCACAGGAGUUUGCAUCCCACCCUUGUUCCCGAGACAACGGGGGCUGUUCUCACAUCUGCAUUGCUAAGGGUGACGGCACGCCUCGCUGCUCCUGUCCCAUGCACCUGGUGUUACUGCAGGACCUGCUGCACUGUGGAGAGCCGCCCACCUGCUCCACAGAGCAGUUCACCUGCUCCACGGGGGAGAUCGACUGUAUUCCUAUGGCCUGGCGUUGCGAUGGCUUCCCCGAAUGUGACGACAGCAGCGACGAGGAGAACUGCCCCGUCUGCUCAGCCUUCCAGUUCCAGUGUGAUAAAGGAGGCUGCAUUGAUGCUCAAAGGCGCUGCAAUGGGGAACCCGACUGCGCGGAUCACUCCGAUGAGCAGGACUGUGAAACCAUCUGUCCUCCUAACCAGUUCCGCUGUGGUGACAACCAGUGUAUCACCAAGAAACAACAGUGUGACAACUACUCUGACUGUCCCGAUGGAUCAGAUGAGCUUGCCUGUGAGUAUGUGUCUCCUCCGUCCAGUGGCAUCCCUAACACCGGGCCUAACACCAUUGGUCCAGUCAUUGCCAUCAUCCUGCUUGUCUUCGUGAUCGGGGGAGCAUAUUUUGUCUGCCAGCGUGUGGUGUGUCGACGCUACAAGGGCCCCAGUGGAGCUUUUCCUCAUGAGUACAUCAGUGGGACGCCCCAUGUGCCCCUAAACUUCAUCGCACCCAGCAGCUCGCAGCACGGCACCUUCCAAGGUAUUUCCGUUGGGAAGUCCAUGAUGAGUUCAGUCAGUCUGAUGGGCAGCAGCAGCAGCGGAGCUCCUCUCUAUGACAGGAACCAUGUGACCGGAGCCUCAUCCAGCAGCUCAUCGUCUACAAAGGGAGCCUUCUACCCUCAGAUCCUGAACCCUCCUCCGUCCCCGGCCACUGACCGCUCUCUCUACAACACAGAGAUCUUCUACUCUUCCAACAGUCCAUCUACCACCAGAUCAUACAGACCCUACCACCCUGUCCGCGGUGCCGCUCCACCUACGACUCCCUGCAGCACCGACGUCUGUGAUAGCGACUACACCCCCCACCACCCGCCGGCCGGGCUGGCGUCAUCAGCGGGCCGCUGGAAAGCCGCCGGCCACGGCAGCCACGGCAAACACAACAAGUACUACAUGGACCUUAACUCAGACUCGGACCCCUACCCGCCACCCCCCACCCCCCGCUCCCAGUACCUGUCGGCCGAGGAGAGCUGCCCCCCGUCCCCUUCCACCGAGCGCUCCUACUUCCACCUGUGCCCGCCUCCUCCGUCACCCUGCACCGACUCCUCGUGACCCUCCAACAGCCCCACAGCCCUGUGAGGAAGGAUGCAGUCCACUUUGCUACAAGAACUGGCCUCGUCUGGCCCCAUUUUACCAGGGAACGAACUAAAUGUGCCAACUUCCAGCCCUGACCGGCUCACACACGUGCUGCUUUAUACCAGCUGGUUAGGCUUAAGUGCCUUGCUCAAGGUCCCUAUGUGCCACAUUUCAUCAUUCCAGUCAUCUUGGAGCUCUCAGGGUGACCAUCAUCUGAUCAGUCUAUGUCUGUUUUCCAUGCUCAAACAUUCACUCACUCACUCGUGGCAGGUUGAAGGUUUGAGGUCCUCCCUGUCUCGCUGUAGGGCACAAAACAGCCAGAACAGCAGCAGCUCCCUCUUCAAUUUUCAUUCCAUCAAAAGAAGAAAAAAACUUCCUUUGCUGGGCCACUUCUUGAUCAAAGUUUCAAGACUUCCAUCUGUCCAAAUAAACAGUGACUUCCUCCUCAACCUGUCAGCAUUGAACUCACCAACUUGAGAGAGUUACCAGUUACUCUCCUUCCUCACAGCGUCCUUGUUGGCAGAUCAGUGGCAGGACUGUAUAUAGUGUUAAAAUAAUAUGAACAAAAAUAAAUCAGAGAGGAAUUAUUUUACUAUUUUAUUCACGCUGGCUGAUCCACCGCUCCACACAAACAAAAGGACAGACAGAUGAGUGGAUGUGUGUGUGUGUGUGUGUGUGUGUGUGUGAGUGAAUGAUGGAUGGGUGACAGCUGUGUACAUUAGCCUUUGUGAAUGUUAAGCUUGAUGUAGGAAAAUGAGAUAAAAAAUGUGUAGAAGUAUGAAUGAAUGAGUGAAUGUAUGGAUGGAAAUAGGGCCCAGAUCAGAGUGUGAAAUUUUUUUGUACAUUGCUUUGAAAUUGUGUCCCUCAUAUUUCAGAUUGUGAAUUGUUUGUAGUUGAACACAAAGGAGCUUUUCCCCCAAUCAACCAAGAGACAAAUCUGCCAACAGUCCCCUUCUGAGUCCCAUGAGAUCAUCAUGUGACAACGACAUACCAAAUGAAUAUCAACAUGUAAAGCUAUUGUACAUAUGUGUAAUGAAGUCAAUGAUUGAGUUGUGAGAAGUGAACGCUUUUCAUUGUGAAUAUGAACCUCUUCCAUCACAUUUUCUUUACCCUCAUCAUCCUGUUUACCAAAAGUAUGUUUGCUGCUAUUGUGUACAUACUAUAUCAGUUACUAUGACUUUAUAAUUACACAGAAAAAGCCCAAAAUUACCACUCAUACUGACCGUAGAUCAUGAAGCUAUUUUACAGUUAAUAACAAAUUAUUCUUAUAGCAACUUUUUGUUAUUUGUAUUCGUGUUUGUGUGUGUAGAUCAUUAUGUAUGUCCUGUGUCGGCCGCCAUGUUUGGUUUGAAGGAGUCUUUUUUUUUUUUGGAAAGUGAAAGAGUUCCAGCUGAGACAUUUUAUUCAGAGCUGUUCCAGGAAUCAACUGAAGGUUCUCCGAUCUCUCUCGAGGAGCUCAGUGUUUUCUGUGUUUUUGAGGUUAAAAAAAGGCCUUAAAGGGUUUUUAGAUACAGUCCGAACCGCACUUGGUGCUCUGAGUUGUUCAGUUGCUCACCUCCACUGUAGCGAACCUUACUAGUGAACCCUGCUGUGGUGUGUGAAUGCUUUUCCCACAUGAGAAACUUCACCCCAAAUCAAAGGUUUGACUCACUUGCUUAUUAUUUUUUCACCUUUGUGUGAUCUUUGCCACAUCCUCAGGGGAUGAGCACUUUUGAUUUUAAAAAAGCAAAUUCACUCCCUGCUUUAAUUUGAACAAAUCCCCUUUCAGAUAUGUCUAAAAAAAAUGUGAUCAAAGCUAGUGUGACCUGCACAAUCCCCUUUUAAAUGACAAGUCCAGAUGCUGUAUAACAGCUUGAGGCUAGGAUUAGAGUCAAUUGGUUGGUAUAAUAAUAUACUGUCAGUUUAAUAAAGUCACUGUACAUACAACUUACUGACUCCUAGUGGUUUAGUGUGGUGCAGUGUGUUUUCCUUUUUCCCCACCUCUGCUGAGGACUGCUCAGAUAAAAGCUAAGUAAUUCUCAUCGUGGGGGACAAAGUGUAUUCUGGGUUUAUCCAGCACUUAUUAUAAUAUUUCCAACACAGAACCCAGCACUUACAAAAUUAAAGAUGUUAUUAUUUCCCAGAAAAUAAAUGAGGAAGAAGGAGAAUAUUUGGGCUUUUUCACCAGAUCUGUGGAGUUAAAGCAGUAUAAAUCAACCUCAGGUCAUGCUCACAAAGAAAAAAAAAAGUCUUCCAUAUCAUUAAAAAGAAACCGCACCAAGCUUCCUCUAAGCUUGUCUUGCAGCCAUGCUUGUAUUAAAGUAAUGGGUGUGAGUGUGUGAACACAGGAACCUCUGAUGUAAUUUACUAGCUUCACACAAGCUGUUAGUGUGAUCCAGUCCUCCAAGCACCAGGCAGACAUUAUUGUAGACAUCUGUUCCAAAAAGUCAGUGUUGACCAUUGUGCCUAGAAUUAGACCACUUAGUUCCUUGAUAGAAAAGUUACCAGCACUUUGGGAGGUGGGGAAUUUUUAGAACUUGCAGUAAACUUGUUGCCGUUGCCUGAUUAAUCCGUCUCCUGCCAGAUGAUAUAAAACCUGAUGUCUGGUGACUGGCUGUAGAUGGACUUCCAUAAACUUCCACAGCUGAAAUUACAUCAAUAUGUGUCAGUGGGAACUCUUGAGUAGCACAACGCAUUUAUAUUGAGGGCUGUAGGCCCCGCCUCAAACCACUGUGUCAGUAAAACCUGUAUUUGUUGUCUCAGUUAAAAAUGCUUUGUGUAAUUUACACAUGUGACAUUUUUUUUGUAUUAAAAGCAUUUUUAUAUAAUAAAGGUUCUAUUUUAA